GGCUCAAGCCCUAGUUUGAUUUGGAUGUACUCCCAGGCGCCGCGUUAGCUAAUUACCGCGUGAGAAGUGAUGGGCGCAAAGACCAAAAAGAAGACGAGGAAAUUUCAAGUCACACAAGCAAAGAAGAGGAUAAGUCCAAACGAUGCGCGGUUGAAGCAGGCGCCCGUGAAGAAGGUGAAGAAGGACAAGCUGAAGGAGCCGCAGGUGCGCGAGGUGGCCAAAGCCAAUUCGUCCUUGUUCUUCCAGUACAACACGAACCUGCGGCCGCCGUACCAGUUGCUCCUUGAUACGAAUUUCCUGAGGAUGUCCAUCCAGAUGAAGCUGGACGUCUUGAAGGCAUCCAUGGACUGCCUGUUGGCAAAGUGCAUCCCCUGCCUGACAGACUGCGUCAUGGGGGAGCUGGAGAAGAUGGGGAGGAGGCACAGAUUGGCGCUGAGACUAGCUAAAGAUCCUCGCUUUACUCGUCUGACUUGUCAGCACAAGGGUACCUAUGCAGACGAUUGCUUGUGCGACCGCGUGGUGCAACACAAGUGCUACAUCGUCUGCACGAACGACAAGGAUCUCAAGAGAAGGAUCCGGAAGGUGCCCGGCAUCCCCAUUAUGUCCGUGGCCAGAGGUGGGUACAAGAUCGAGCGCAUACCCGAUCACAUCGCCAGCGUGCCGCUGAAGUCGAACCGUGGCAUCGACAAGUAGCGGCGUGGGCAGCACCGUCGCUCUCUCCAGGCCUGCCGCUGCGGUGCGCCGCUGGACGGGGCCGCCUGGAGCGCAGGCCCGGGCCCCGCGGCGGCGCCCGCCGCGGCCGCGGCGCGAAAGCCGCCGCCGCCGGCGGGGGGCGCCUGCCCCGUGCGUGCCCUGGGCUUUAUUGAAAGAUGCCCCUGGUGAGCAGCGCAGGGUAUCGGAACUAAAUUGUUAGUGGGUGCCAAUCAUAAGUUGUUUGGCACUGGGCUUGUGCAGUACAUGCUCCAUCGCGCUGACAGCUACCCCCUCUGAGGGGUCGGAUCGGUCAGGCGAAACCGCACUCUGGAGAGAAAGGUCGGCACCCGUGCAUGCGCUCUUUGUUCAGCUCUCGCGCAAGUGCUCCGAUCCCCUCGCAGCGCCCACAGCGAAUGGAGCAGCCCAGAGCUGGUUUGCUUUUAUCUGUCUAGACCAACGCUUUGCUUCCAUUCAAGCUUACAGUGGUUGUCUGCAUCCAGUGCUUUCGAAGUCCCCCUACAA